CUUCGGAGUGCCUGAGCUUCUCAGUGCCUUGUCCCAAAGCUUUUUUCUUUCUUUCCUGAUUUGUGUUUCACAACUUGAUUGAGUGAGAGUGGAGGAAGCUGGGCAGGAUGAGUAGUGGGGGGCUUGUAGUAAGCGCCCCAAGUUCAGAUGAAAGCACAGCAUUUACGCUACUCAAGCCAGUCACUAUGUCCAGGGAGCCUACUGAAGACACGGCUGUCUUCGAUGACAUCAAACCCCCAAUACGGAUCCUGGACAAUCAACAUGAUUUGGCACAGGCACGCGCUGAAAUGGACAAGUACCUCUCUGGGCAAGUGCCCUUGGUGCCAAUGGUGCCCGAUAAGAAGUAUCGCCGGGAGAGCGCCUCGGUGGUGGAUGAGUAUUUCUCAACCGAGAAGCCACCUUCCACGCCCUACAGUGUGAAUAUCAAUGUGAUCCUGCCGGACACCACUCACCUGCGCACUGGGCUCUAUCGGCCCACCAAACCCCUGGCCCCCUUCCCCCAGAUCAAAAUGGAACCUGGCACCAGCUUUGCCCAACCCUGCUCAUCCGUUACUGGCCUGACCCAGACUCUGCCAGACUUCACCAGUGUCUUCAGUAUGCCCCAGUCGGUGGCAGCGAACAAUAUCUUCGUCAAGCAAGAGAUGCCCUCCGAGAUCCCUCUGUCAUCAAGCCUGCUCUACCAGUUGCCAUCUGGCCACAGUGGAGGAGAAAUGACCACAAUGGCACACUCCACGUGCAACACUACGGCCAUCAGCACCAUCACCGGAGUCGCCAUGUCCACCACCAGCUCCGUGCUGGACUCCAGACCCCUUCCCAGGCCCAUGAGGCCAGGCGGGCAGGCCAAGCCGUUCCAACCCACCUCCCAAGGGCAAGGCAGUUUCCACUUAGCAGGACAGUUCUACCCUGUGCCGGGAGUGAGCCUGCCCCCUUCGCCACCCAACUCGCAGCCCGGCAGUCCCGAGAACCAGCCGGAGCUCAUCAACACCAUCUCUCCGCCGCCUCCCUAUGAAGCCACUUUUGGACUGAAACUGGCUCAGCCAGGCCAGAUCCCGCCACUUUCGAACAGCCUGGGGAACCUCUCCCAGGGGCACGUCAUCAUGCCAGCGCCCAAGUACAAUCGGCGGAACAACCCCGAGCUGGAAAAAAGGAGGAUCCACCACUGCGAUUACCCUGGUUGCACAAAGGUCUACACUAAAAGUUCACACCUGAAGGCGCAUCAGAGAACACACACCGGUGAGAAGCCCUACAAGUGCACGUGGGAUGGCUGCGACUGGCGCUUUGCCCGCUCGGAUGAGCUCACCCGACACUACCGCAAGCACACCGGAGCCAAGCCAUUCAAGUGCAUUGCUUGUGGCCGCUGCUUCUCCCGCUCUGACCAUCUGGCUCUGCACAUGAAGAGGCACCAGAACUAAAGACUGGAGCACCAUUGUCCCACAGUGGUUCUCCCCGCUCUCAUUUUGUACAUAAGAACCAAACCUCACUGUGAUCAAAUGGCUACACAUCUGGAUGAAAGAAAAUCAAGCCACAGAAGGGGAAUGGCAUUCCAGAGCUCCAUCUCCAGAAAACGUGCCACUUAUUUUGCCCUUCAAGUGACCUUUCCACCUGCUUCUCUGGUGGGGCGUUUUGCCUCCUGAGGAAAGGCGACCCUAGGAUGUUCGGGCCUUUGGCUGAAGGUCCCUUCUACAGGCUGAUGGGUUUCAAGGAUCAUACAGAGCUUUUGUGGCCCUGACCUGUUUGAAAUGUCAAGUUGGAGCAAAUAACCUCACGACAACUACCACAGUCCCCUGGUUGACUGAGAUGCACCUCUGCCUCAGUUGCUCCAUUCAAGGGGUGGGGGUCAAUGGGGCAGCCUUGCCUCUGUCAUUAGACACUCCUGAGAGAAACGCCACACACGGCUCCCGUUCCCAUCACAGGCUCGGAUUCUAACCUGUUCAUGAGGACCAUUGGAUGGUGGAGGAAGAUGUUGGGCAAACACCAUGGAAAAACACCACAUUGGUUCCCAUAAUAUUUUGUGCCACUGCUCUCCCGGAAUGCAUUGCUAAUCUGCCUUUUGACAUGAGCACAAGAAAUAUAUUUUUAUUUUUUUGCUGUGGCCAGAUAUGGAUUUCCCCAAAUUUUAAAAGCAGCCUUGGAAACAAGUUCUGGUCAUUCUUCAAUCCCUAGAUGGAUUGUGCUGUUCCCCCCCCCCCCAAAAAAAAGUUCAUGGAGUGGGAGAAAGUGCUGCUACUCAUGCUGAGAAGAUUCCAGGAUUCCCCUCAAGAAUUCCAGGGAAUUAAUUAGACAGACAGACACUGAAAUGGCACAGAAGCACCAGCAAGGAUGAUGACAAAGUACACUCCAGUUCAGAUUCCACUUCAGUGCCCUCUGGAUUUAGCCCCUCCCAUGUUCUCUUGCGGAAGCAGGCUCUUUGGGUCGCCCUGGACUAUCUGUCAAGAAGGACUAGUUGGCCAUCUCUGUGGCACACACCUUCCACCCAGUGCUCCCUCUAAGCUGUGAGUCUUGUGAGCAAAAAUUCUACUUUGUGAG